CGUCCAACGGCAUCUUCACACAACUUUAUCUUUUCCCUCUCUCCUUCCUUUCUCUCUAUCCAAACAAAACACAAUCCUUUCAGAUUCCAAUUUGCCUGAAUUGAGUUUUUGCUUCUGCAAUGGCCACUCUAAUCUUCCCUCAUGAUUAUCCCCUAACCAUCAAAAAACUCCCCAUCAACGGUCUACAUGCAAACCAAAGGCGUUUUCACUUCAAGAUACAAGCCACAGUAUCCGAUACACGUGCCACCGCACGAUCGGUGAUAGCCCGGCCAGAGAUCGGAUCAAAACCAACGGUGAUCCGACACCCAGGAUCUGAAUUGGAGUUCGAGGCGUACAUGUCAGAGAAAGCGAAGCGUGUGAACGAAGCACUCGAUGAGGCGGUCCCUUUACGCCAACCGUUGAAAAUCCAUGAAUCCAUGCGUUAUUCGCUCUUAGCUGGCGGGAAGCGUGUACGGCCUAUUCUAUGUAUUGCCUCAUGUGAGCUGGUCGGUGGAGAUGAGGCCACGGUGCUUCCGAUCGCAUGUGCGACUGAGAUGAUACAUACCAUGUCGCUUGUACAUGAUGAUCUCCCAUGCAUGGAUGACGAUGAUCUCCGACGUGGCAAGCCUACUAACCACAAGGUCUUUGGAGAGGACACGGCCGUGCUUGCAGGCGACGCGCUUCUCUCUCUGGCGUUCGAACAUGCGGCACGGACCGUAAAUGUGCCAUCCGAACGAGUGAUCCGAGCCAUAGCUGAGUUGGCCUCGGCCGUAGGUUCGGACGGGCUUGUUGCGGGCCAGAUCGUGGAUAUUGCCAGCGAGAGGCAGGUCGUGGACUUAAGCGUGCUCGAGUAUAUACACGUGCAUAAGACGGCGAAGCUUCUAGAAGCUUCGGUCGUUUGUGGGGCCAUCAUAGGUGGAGCCCACCCAGCUGACGUGGAGAGGAUGAGGAAGUAUGCAAGAUGUAUUGGGCUUUUGUUUCAGGUGGUGGAUGAUAUCUUGGACGUUACAAAAUCUUCAAAGGAGUUGGGUAAAACGGCAGGGAAGGAUUUGGUGAGUGAUAAGGCUACGUAUCCGAAGCUGAUGGGGCUGGAUAAGGCUAGGGAUUUUGCUGAUCAGCUGGUGGGCCAGGCAAUGGACGAGCUUGAUUGCUUUGAUGGUGCCAAAGCUGCACCCCUCCGUUGUUUAUCUAAUUACAUUGCUUACAGGCAGAAUUAAAGGACGAGGACCAUUAAACAUACUUUAGUAUGUAUAAGAACCUUGUUAUGGUUGCCCAUGAGUGCCAACGCAGCGUAUGUGUUACAGAUCCGAGCCGGUCAUCAAGAGUGCCCUGCUGUUUAUGUUCGUUGGCCCAAAACUUAGUUUAAUCAUAUCAUGAGGCAUGAUAUAGUGUAUUUUAAAUACAUGCAUGAUGAUAUUAUUAAAGGCCUGUUUGAGAAGCAUGUGUCUUGUUUGCUCCUCUCAGGAUUCAAACAUAUGACUCCAUGCUUUUAUACCGUGUAAAGUAACCACUUGCUUUAAAAGCCCAGCUGCUGUAGGGUUAUUGAAGGGUGUAUCAAUGUCUAUCAAGGGAUUUUAAGAGCCUAUUUGGACACUACCAAAUAAAUUACUUUUUCUACUUACA